CCCAAGUACACUACUCUCUUCCCCUUUCUAUUUCUUGCAUCGCUCUGACACACACUCCAGUACAUCAACAAUGAACAACUAUACUCCUCCAAGAAGAAGAACAAGAUGGAAGCUCUUGCUACCUCUCAUUCCCGUAUCAACACUUGUCUUAAUUCUACUCUCCUCAUUCACAACUCUCCAGCACAACUCCCAAUCGAGUUUGCACAUCACCAACCAUCUCCAAAUAGCUCAUUCCACAUGCCAUGGCACUCUCUACCCUGACCUCUGCGUUUCCACCCUCUCGUCUCUCCCAGAUCUCCACACCAAGUCCCUUCCGGAACUCAUUUCCGCCACCGUCAACAUCACCAUGCUCGACAUCAAAGCCUCCUCCCACAACUGCACAGGCUUCGAGACCCACCUCAAAAACCUCAACCCUCGCCAGCGAUGGGCCUUACAGGACUGUCUCGACCUCUUCGACGACACCAUCGCCGAGCUCAAGUCCGCCAUCUCCGAUCUCUCUUAUAAAAAAUCCAUCGUCAAGAACUACCAUGAUCUGCAAACGUUGCUCAGUGCCGCCAUGACUAACCAGUACACGUGCCUCGACGGGUUUGCUUACGGCGGAGGGCACCUGCGGGAUGUUAUUAAGACUGGCUUGUAUAACAUCUCGCGUCACAUGAGUAACUCGCUAGUCAUGCUCCAGAAAAUCCCUGGAGUCCAUAGAAAGCCGGAGGUUUUCCCGGGGUACGGUCGGGUUAAAGGUGGGUUUCCAACGUGGGUUUCUUCGAAAGACCGGAAACUGCUUCAGGCUUCGGUGAAUGAGACGAAGUUUGACCUUAUUGUCGCCAGAGAUGGCACUGGAAACUUCACCACCAUAAGUGAAGCUGUUGCUGCAGCUCCAAACAAUAGCGAUACAAGAUUUGUGAUAUACAUAAAAGCUGGAGCUUACUUUGAGAAUGUGGAGGUAGAGAGGAAGAAGAAGAUGCUGAUGUUCGUGGGAGAUGGGAUCGGGAAGACAGUGGUGAAGGCGAGUAGGAACGUGGUGGACGGAUGGACGACUUUCCGCUCCGCCACAGUCGCUGUGGUGGGUACAGGGUUCAUCGCCAAGGGAAUAACCAUCGAAAACUCCGCCGGCCCGAGCAAACACCAAGCCGUCGCCUUACGCAGCGGCGCCGAUCUUUCCGCCUUCUUCAAUUGCAGCUUCGUCGGCUACCAAGACACCCUCUACGCCCACUCCCUCCGCCAAUUUUACCGUGAUUGCGACGUUUACGGCACCAUCGACUUCAUCUUCGGCAACGCCGCCGUCGUCUUCCAGAACUGCAAUCUCUACGCCCGCAAACCAAACGAUAACCAGAAAAACAUUUUCACAGCUCAGGGACGCGAAGAUCCCAACCAGAACACCGGCAUAUCCAUCCUCAACUCCAAAAUCGCCGCCGCCGCCGAUUUGAUCCCUGUCAAAUCGUCCUUCAAAACCUAUCUCGGUCGGCCAUGGAAGGAGUAUUCGAGGACUGUGUUUAUGAGAUCGUACAUUGAUGAUUCGGUGGAUCCAGCGGGGUGGUUGGAAUGGAACGGCACUUUUGCUCUGAAAACGCUUUAUUAUGGGGAGUAUAUGAACAGAGGGUCUGGGUCGAACACGAGUGGUAGAGUUACGUGGCCGGGUUACCGAGUUAUUACUAACUCAACUGAGGCGAGUCAGUUUACGGUUCGGGCAUUUCUGCAAGGCACCGAGUGGCUGAACUCGACUGAAAUUCCUUAUUUCGCCGAUUUGAUUUAGAAAUUAAGAAUCAUUCAGCCGAUUGUGCAGAAUGAGUUGGGUAAGUAAAAUCGGAUCCCUGUGGGUGCAGAAUGAUGGGAAUCAAUUCUUAUAAACGAGUAGGGAAA